AUGGCAGAGAGGGACACACCCCGAAGGACGCUUCCUCGCCAGUGGAGCGCGGACGGGGCCGAUUUAUACCCUUUUCGUUGGCGUUCGGAAAACAUUAUCAAGAAGACGACGGACGCUGAUACCCGUAGUAGUAGCGGCCGCGUUUCAGAGUACUUAAACGCCGUUGAUGACAAGUACGUUGUUAACGCAACACUGCCAGAUGGACGAACUAAACAGCUACAAGGUGAAGUCGGAAUGCGUGUCCGUGACUUGAUAGCAGAUAUUAUUUUAGAAUUUAAAAUUUCAGAGUAUCGUAUAAAGUCAAGUGAUACCCUAGCGCUGUUAAACAGUGAGGCCGAUGCCGUAUUACUUGCCAAUAAAAGUAUUAUAUUUGAAGAUAGUAAAGGAGACGUAUCUGUCUAUCUUCCUCAAGAUGCUGAUGACAGAUUACGAAUAUUUUAUAGAAUUUUUCAGUCAGAAAAGAAUUACUUGGAAUGUCUGCAUAGUUUAAAACUAUUGUAUUCAGAACCACUCAGGAAAUGCACAUAUCUUAGCCAAGAGGAAUAUGCAAUCUUAUUUAGUUGGAUAGAACCAAUGAUAGCUGUUUGUACUAAUUUAUUCACCAAGCUGCAAAGUUUAGUGUUGAACUGGGAGACUUGCUCCGUGUCCUUGGAAACAUUAUUUAGCAGUGACUUGUUAGCAAGGUACGAAGAUUAUUAUCUCCGCCAUCCCUCCAUACGAAUGAUUUUGAAUGAGAGAAAACACAACAGUGACCCUGAAUUUGCUGAGUUUUGUCAGCGACAGCGUGGUGCGGCCAGGCACUCACUGGAUUCAUUGCUGUUAUUACCGGUGCAAAGAAUACCACAAUAUGACCAGUAUUUAAGUACACUGCUUGAUAAGACGCCAGUGUCUCAUCCGGCCUAUGGAGACCUGUGUCCGGUUGUUGAUAAAGUCAAUAACAUGGUGAAGGAGCGAGACAAUGAGAUUCAGGUUGCCGAGAACCAGAACAAACUUGAGCAGGUCCAGGAGCGGUUUCCGCAUGAUAACCUGCAGUUAAUGGAGAAACAUGCUGUAAUCCUACAGAAAUCCAAGUCAUUACAGAUAAGGAGAAGAUCAGCGCCCACACAUGUUCUCAGUCGGACAUUUUCGAGCAAAUCUAAGCCUAGUUUGUCAACUGAGAAAUCCAUGAUGGAUUAUAAUGGUAAUAGGGCGUACGUCAUGGAAGGUCCUGUACAACUUACAACCGGCGUUCAGUCCCAGCACAGAUACUUCUUUCUCUUCAACGAUGUUCUCCUGAUUGCAAAAACUAAAUCGGGAACGAAUUUCCGACUGAAGCAAAAGAUUAGAGUUAAUGAGAUGUGGGUCGGUUCUUGUUUGGAAGAAGUUUGUGAAACUAAUAAAUCAGCGGAAAGAUCGUUCGUUCUGGGGUGGCCCAUUGCUAAUAAUGUGGUGACCUUUCCUUCAGCGGAUGUCAAACAGUUAUGGUUGGACACACUAAACAGGUACAUCAAGGAGGAGCGCAUGAAAGAAGUUCCCAAAAUAUUAAAUUUGAAAAUUAUUAACCAAGACUUAAACUGUUACCCAUAUAGCAAGAAAAUUCCAGUGUGUAAUACAGACGAUUGCAAUGAAGUGAUUAGACUUUGUGUAGAGCAGUUUAAAUUUAGUGAUUAUCAGUCCAGUCACUUCCAACUUUGGGUUCAAUCUGGCAAGGAAGAAAUUGCAUAUCCCCUCAUAGGUCAUGAGAUACCAUUUGCUAUCAGGAUGAAUCAUUUACGAGAUGUGCUUAAAAAUGAGGAUGUCAAUCUGACAGCUGACUUAGACGCCAGCAUGGAAGAUUUUCCACCCGAGUUGCAAUGUAACUUUGUACUACGACUGAUCCAAAAGUCAUCUGAUCGUAUCAAGCUUGACGUUGUUAGUGCCCAAAAGAGAUUUAAAAAGCAAAAAAAGACUUCGCUGAUUAACUUCAAGUUCCGACGGAGUACUAGCAAGACAGGAGAUAGUGUGGAUUCUGGCACAGUGCCACCAAGGUUAUUUGGACUUCCUCUAGGUCAGGUUUGUCCCGAUGGCAAACUGCCCAGCGCCAUUUCUGAAUUACUUGUACAUCUGUAUCACAAUGCUCCUUUCCUGACGGGCGUGUUUCGAAAAUCAGCAAAUGCACGAGUGUGUAGAGAGCUCCGACAAAAGCUGGAAUCAGGCGAUGAAUGCAACUUUGACGAUUACCCUGUUUUAGUAACAGCAACAGUUAUGAAGGACUUUCUUCGUGGGUUGCCAGACUGUAUUUUUUCAACUGCACUGUAUGACAGCUGGAUGGAAGCUAAUGAUAUGACUGAUGAGCUUGAGAAAAGAAACACUCUAAAAUUGACUUUUGAAAAACUUGGUGAGAUCAAUCAAGAUAUUGUGAAGCAAUUCUUCUGUAUUCUCCAUUACAUUGAUAAGAACUCUGAGGAAAACAACAUGAACGCCUACAAUCUGUCGAUCUGUGUGGGUCAAAGUUUACUAUGGCCGCCUAGUAACCGAGGCGCCACUGUCACUGCUGAUGCUUCAAAGAAAAUCCCAACUCUCAUGCAAUACAUCUUAGAAAACCUUCACGCUAUACUAGGUGAGAAUGUGACCAGUAUAUUCGGUGCACCACCUAUAAAAGCUAGCAGACAUCGGUCGCGGAGUAGUGACUCUGGAUCAGGCUGGGAUUCUGACAGCACUUCAGAAAAUACAGGACAUAUGAAGAGAGAUGAUGAAUCCUUGGAUAGUUUAGAUCGUGAACUCAGCUACAAUGAAACGAACACUCAGUAUCAUACUCAUUCUAAUCAGCUUUCGCCAUCCAAUCUGAGCAAGGAUUCUGUUAUUCAUCUAAGUGAUUCACAAUUGUUCACAGAAUCUGAUACGACUGAUACAACAGACUCUGGCUACGACAGCAAAAUGUUGAGCGUAAGUCCCAACGGGAAUAUCAUGCGUACAGGAAGCAUCACCACCAAUCCUAAUUCACCAAAUGCUAUUCCACGAGGAUUUGGUCGGCGACAUCGUCGUAAGUCGGAACCGCUUGUGUCGCCAGGUGUUCUGUUGCAUCAGCCUGAUGAUUCUACGACUGAUUGUACGCCGCAGGACAACAUGUUUUAUCAACGUGAACCACUAAGCGAUUCUAAGAUCAGUGUCUCUAAGAGGCCGAAAUUGUCAGAAAUGAGAAGGAAAAAUAUUUUGGAGUUUGGCUACGAGUUAGAUUUGGAUUCAUCGCUGCUGAGCCCGCGGUUUUGUAACGAUAUGAUCAAAGGACUUCAGGAGCCAUCGCAAAUUGUCCAAUCUAAAAGAAUACACCCCCCACAGUUUAGUCGAAUGCACUCGGAUACCGCAAGCUCCGGUAAAGAUUUGUCAAUGUUUCAAGUAGUUGCCUGCCCACCAACAUUUCAUAUGCGACAUCGUAGCAACUCAGAAAGCUCGCUCAUGGAUCUUGACUUUGAAUGCACGAAAAGCCGUCGACCAAUUCUAUCACCAGAACUGGGACGAAAGUUCACGUCUCCCUUGGAAUUAUUUUAUGUAGGCGAACCCCAAACCAGUGUGGAGAAACGAACACCGCCAAGUUACGAGUCACAUGAAAGGAACCCACCACCAAGUUAUCAUUCGCUUCCACGUGGACCUUCAAAAAGUAGUUUAACAAGAAGUAAAGUUUUACUUCCAAAGGAUGCACCGAAAAAGAGGACUUUUACACCAAAAUCUCCUAAUGCGGUCUCACAGGGGAAAUCGUCUACUUCUACAAUGCAACUGUCUAAAUCUUUUUCUGAUUGGACAGGACUCACCGAGGCAGAUCACAUACAAAGAAAUCAGUUGAAUAAAUCAGGUCCAGCUACCUAUCGUGUGCACAAAUGCAAUACUGGGGAAAAGGAAAAAGAACAUUCCCCUCCUACUGAGUUUUUCCCGUCACACGCGACAACGUCAACACUGUCGACGCCUUGUGAUAAUGACGCUAAGAGUACAAGGUCUCUAAUUCGGAGGACUGCAUCAGACCCUCCUACGAGCCUCAAAUUCCACACACCACCAACUUACGAAGAGGCUAUGAACCGGCGGGCAGUGCUUCAUCAUUCGCCGAUUCAAGAAACCUCAAAACAAGCACUGACAGUUCAGAAUAUGAAAACAGUACAUUCACAAAGGACACUUUCUAACGAGGACAAGCAAAGUCAUGCUGACAAUACGCCAAACGUUCCACAAGAACGUUCCAGAAAAAGUUUGCUUGACUAUCAAAGAAAAAGUCGCCGUGACUAUGCCGAGUCAAAUUUACAGAGAAGGAUAAUUACACCAAGACGAAAUGAGCAAACUUUGCCGAGAAAAUGUUCACAGCCACUAGACACAAGGAUUGAAAAGCCCAAAGUCAUACACCGUAGUUGUAGCGACAAUUACGAGAAACGUUUGCAAAUGUCAGUUUUUUUUACCCAGGAUUCCAAAGGUGACUGUGAUUCUUGCACAUCAGACUUUUCACCACACCAGACUCCUUCCGGACUAAAACAGAGAGUUCCCAACACUGCCAAAAACAUUACUCCAACAAGUUCAGAAGAUAAUGUUUCACAAUGUCUCUCAGAAGAAUCCUAUGUUUAGAUUAUAAUAAUGCUGUUGCCCUUUCCACAUUAUCAUACCUAGAAAGUAUCUUGACUGUGUGUGGACAAAUCCAUCCAUAAUAUUCAAAUAUGCAAAAUUAAGUACACUUAUUCAAUCAUGUGUUGUUAAUUUCUUUAAAUACAGUAGGUGUGAAGACUCCUUGUGUCUGGAUCAUUCCAUUGUACGUGCCUUCCCUGUUCCUUAUUAUUUCCACUCUCUUGGGGAUUAGUGUUGUUAAGACUAGGUCAGUUGUAAAAUGAGCCACACAGCAGGGAUCACAUAGAAAACCAUUGUAGACAUUACAUACUAGUUUAUUUAUCUUUAAUCUCUGUCGUCAAUGCAUGUAGCUACCAGUGUCUUUGCCGUAACUGGCUUUCCCUCGGGUUGACAUCACGCAGCCUACGUGCAGCCUUUCACGUGCACGUAACAAGAAUGUACAAAGAGACAAAAAAAGGAGGUUUUUCAAUGUGUUUUUAUUUAUCUGACUAUGAAUGGUGACUAUAGCCCUUUCAAAGCGUUUAAGAAAAACAUUUUGUCGAGAUUUUGAAUGUCCUUUUUUAAUCAGUUCAGGGUUGACUCAAAUUGACUUUUCACAUUCCAAUGUAGUGAUUUGUUAUAAAACAGUGCACUUUUUUCUACCUUUUCUGGGUCAGUAACAGUUUGGCAUGUUAUCGCUAGACAUUACUGGGACCAGAAACAAAUUUGGUUGAAAAGAUGUCACCAGCUAGUAUCAGGAUUUCCCAAUUGACAA